AUGAGGAGCAGCUGUGAAUUUCCGCUGUACGAAAGCAAAGUCACUGCAAAUGGGAAUUUUGUGAAGACUCAAUUAAAAGGAGUGCCCUCCUGUUCUGCUGCCACCCACCAGACUGAGCUGCACACGAACGCCAGCAUGCUGCCAUACAUCCUCUUCUCUUGUUUGCUGCUCUGUGUGCAAGCACAGAACUGCAGCGUCCGUGAAAUCAUCCGGCAUACAAAACUCCUGCUUCAGGAAAGUCCUCUGAGUUGCCCCUGUAGGGAGACAGCUGUCAAUUCAUGUUCCUGUCUUCCCAUUGCUGAGCCUGGCCACGAACUGCCAUGCUUUGUGGAAGGAACUGAACACAUGCUGAAACACAACAUCUCUUCCAAUGCAGUAGUUGAAAGGCUUAACCUAAGCUUUCAGAUUCAACUGGACAGAAAGCUCUGUAAAAGCCUGGCGCACAGGACUCAAUGCCAGUACAAGAUCAAAGGAAAUGUGAAGGAAUUUUUGACUAAAAUCCUGAGGACCUAUCAAGAAAUCAAUAUACAUAAUUUAAAACAGCUUAAAAAAACCCCCAUAAUUCUUUGAUAAGAAAGGAGAACAGAAAAGUUAUUUAUUGUAUUUAUUGUUCACCUGAACUAUAGAAGGUAGAAAUACCAACUGCUAAACCAGUAAAACUGCUAUUUACCUGAGCAACAAAAGUAUUCAGCUCUUCAUUUUAUAUGUUUUGUACUUGGGGAAAGGUUUGAACAUCCUAUUUUGGUGCCACUGGGCACCAAAAUGCUUCUGCAAAGCACUGGUCCAACAAUUUCACUCACAUGAGAUGCUACAGCCAAACGCAUGCUCUGACCACUCUAUAGCUCUAGAAACACUCCUG